UCCUUCCUCCUGCUGAUGUCACACACAUUGGGGAACUGAGGAGGCUGCAUCACUGGGGAGGGGGCUUCCUGCAGCCAGCACUGGGGCAGCAGACACAAAGAUUGCUGUGCUGCAGAGAGUGCAGGCUCCUCUCUCUCCUCUCCGCUCAGCCAUAAGGAUCGCUCUGCAGCUGGAUCUGGGAGAAGAGUGCUCUGCUGCAGGCUCUGGGUUCUGAAGGAUUGCUCUGCAGCUGGGCUCUGCUACAAGAACUGCUCUGCGACUGGGUCUGCUGCUGCUGCUGAGGACUGGACUGGGUCUGUGAAGGACUGGACUGGGUCUGUGAAGGACCGGACUGGGUCUGUGAAGGACUGCACUAGGUCUGUGAAGGACCGGACUGGGUCUGUGAAGGACUGCACUAGGUCUGUGCUCUGCAGCAGGGUCUGGGGAGGCGAAGGACUGGACUGGUUUGGCAUUGCUCUGUAGCUGGGAUAAAGGACUGCACUGGGACUGGUUGGGGUCUGCAGCUGGUGUGAAGGACUGGGCUUGUUGUGGCGGAGUUCUGCAGCUGGGUCGGGGGCUGCCUUUGUGCCGGGACCGCUGUGUGCCCCCCCCCCCCUUGUAUGGCUGCAGUGCUGUGAUCAGCGGAUAAUCUUCAGCUGGCCCCUCUGUGCCCCCCGAUGAUGCUGGCCGAGGUCUGACAUCCACUUAUGUUCUCUAGAGGAGUCUACAUCAGGAGCUUAUUCUUCAUCUAGGGUACCCCCCCCACAAAACUUACCACCCACCCUGUGCUCCUCACUGCUCUCCCCGACACCCCAAUAUCAUGCUGCUGAAGGAGUACCGGAUCUGCAUGCCCCUGACUGUGGAAGAGUACAGAAUCGGGCAGCUGUACAUGAUCAGCAAGCACAGCCACGAGCAGAGCGACCGGGGCGAGGGGGUGGAGGUGGUCCAGAAUGAGCCGUAUGAGGACCCGGUGCACGGCCCGGGACAGCUGACCGAGAAGAGGGUCUACCUCAACAGUAAGCUCCCGAGCUGGGCGCGUGCCGUGGUACCGAAAAUCUUCUACGUGACAGAGAAGGCGUGGAACUAUUAUCCGUACACCAUCACAGAGUAUACGUGUUCAUUUCUUCCUAAAUUCUCCAUCCACAUCGAGACAAAAUAUGAAGAUAAUCAAGGAUCCAAUGACAGUAUAUUUGAUCUUGAAGUGAAGGACUUGGAGAGGGAAGUGUGUUUUGUCGACAUCGCCUAUGACGAUAUCUCCGAGAGGUAUUACAAGGAGUCUGAGGACCCCAAGACCUUCAAGUCGGAGAAGACAGGCCGGGGUCUCCUGAAGGAAGGCUGGAGAGAGACUCAGGAGCCAGUCAUGUGUUCCUAUAAGCUGGUUGCUGUAAAGUUCGAAGUGUGGGGUCUACAGACCCGGGUGGAGCAGUUUGUGCAUAAGGUGGUGAAAGAUAUCUUGCUUAUUGGCCACCGACAAGCGUUUGCAUGGAUCGAUGAAUGGUAUGACAUGACGAUGGACGAAGUGCGAGAAUACGAAAGGACCACUCAGGAAGCCACUAACAAGAAAAUCGGGAUUUUCCCACCCGCCAUUUCCAUCACUGACAUUACGCUGCCUUCUAUCGCCCGCAGCGGACCCUCCAGUGCUCCUUCCACCCCUCUGACCACCGAAGCUCCGGAGUUCCUGACCGUCCCCAAAGACCGCCCCCGGAAGAAAUCUGCACCGGAAACCUUAACGCUUCCCGACCCCGCCCUUAACGCACGCAGCAUGUUUACAUCUAAUAAGCCAUUUUUUCCGAAUUCGGAAUAACUUUUGAGUCGAUAGCAGGACCCC